AAACAAACUCCAUUCCCAAAUCUUCCCUUUCACCUCCUCUCUCUCUCUCUCUCUCUCACUCCCACUCGCACUCGCACUUCCACUCUCUCUUUCUCUUUCUGAUCUCUGAUAGCAAUUCUCUACUGUCGCUUCUGAAAAUGCAGAAUCUUGAAGAAGCAAUUUCUGGGUUUCUCAUAUCUUGCAGGUGUUGGCUAUGAAAGCCACCGAUAGCCCACGUGUUUCUGGAGGAGUGGUGAAGGAACAAACCCACAUCAAUGUGAGGGAACAAAGCGAGCUCUGAUAAUGGUGGCUGCCGUUCCUGAACCAGCUUCUACUGAAAACCCAGCAAGGCCUCCUCUUUUGCCUUCCUUAGAGAAAGAGCGAAAUGGGUUUGUCCCAGCAAGAAAACCCAGAGCCAAACAAGUCCCUUCUAGAUACCUUUCACCUUCUCCUUCCACUUCUACUUCCUCUACUACUUCAACAACAACCACCACAACAACUUCUUCUUCUUCUUUUUCGUCUUCUUCAAGAAGGUUUCCCUCUCCUCUUUUGUCACGGUCUACGAAUUACGUGCCUUCCCCAACAGCUGUCCCUAAGCGUUCCCAAUCCGUAGACCGGAGGCGGCCAGCCUCUGUUACUCGGCCGGUGACUCCUCAAGGCAAUGCGGGUGCGAACGAGUUAUCUGCGGCGACAAAGCUGCUGGUCACUUCCAGCAGAAGCUUGUCUGUUUCGUUUCAAGGAGAGGCAUUUUCACUCCCGAUUAGCAAGACCAAGACAGCUACAACCCCCAAUACGAACAGGAAGCCCACUCCUGAGCGGCGCAGAGCGACCCCAGUGAGAGAUCAGACGGAGAAUUCGAAGCCCAUUGAAAAGCAACGGUGGCCUAGCAGGUCCCGAGAAGUAAAUUCAAGGGCGAACAAUGUUUUGUCAAGGAGUUUGGAUUAUAGUGGAGAUAAGAGUAAGGUGAUCGGGUUUGGAUCUGGAUUGGUGGGUAAAUCUUUGCAGCAAUCAUUGAUUGAUGAGAGUAGUAGGAGGUUGAGCUUGGAUUUGCGUAAUGUUGAGCAAAAUCUAGAUGGUAAUUCUGAGCAUGAAUCCGAUACUGACAGUGUGUCCUCUGGUAGUGCCACUUCUUGCUUUCAAGAAUGCAAUGAAAAUGGGGUUUCGAAGGAGAAGAGUGGUCCCCGUGGUAUUGUUGUAUCUUCUAGGUUUUGGCAGGAGACAAAUAGUCGCUUGCGACGGCUGCAGGAUCCAGGAUCUCCUUUGUCUAGAAGCCUCAGUUCCAGGGUGGGUAUCCAAUCAAAGAUUAUUCAGUCCAAAAGGUUCAGUAUUGAUGGUCCAUUGGCAUCCCCGCGGACAAUAGCUUCUCCUGCUAUAGGAGCUACAAGACCUGCUUCCCCAAGUAAGCUUUGGGCUUCCUCAGCUUCCUCUCCUUUGAGAGGGCUCAGUCCUGCUAGGGUAAGGAAUGCAGUUGGUGGACUGUUGAGUAUCAAUUCUAGUAACACCCCUUCCAUUCUCAGUUUUUCAGUUGAUGUAAGGAGAGGGAAAAUAGGGGAGGAUAGAAUUGUAGAUGUACAUCUGUUGCGGCUUCUGUAUAACCGUUAUUUACAAUGGCGGUUUGUGAAUGCAAGGGCAGAUGCUACCUUCAUGGUGCGAAGACUGAAUGCAGAGAAAAUUUUAUGGAAUGCAUGGGUUACAACUUCCGAACUACGGCAUUCUGUGACUCUUAAAAGAAUCAAGUUAAUGUUGGUCCGGCAAAAGCUGAAGCUAGCUUCCAUUCUCAAGGGACAAAUAAACCAUCUAGAAGAAUGGGCUCUUCUAGAUAGAGAUCACUCUAGCUCUUUGCAAGGAGCAACUGAAGCUUUAAAGGCCAGCACUCUUCGUCUUCCGGUUGUUGGAAAAGCAACAGCUGAUAUCCAAAAUUUGAAGGAUGCUGUAGGCUCAGCAGUUGAUGUUAUGCAUGCAAUGGCAUCCUCUAUAUGCUCUCUAUCAUCAAGGGUGGAGGAUAUGAACUCUUUAGUGUCCGAACUCGUGAAUAUAACUGCGAAAGAAAAGGCUUUGCUUCAGCAAUGUAAAGAUUUCUUGUCCUCAAUAGCAGGGAUGCAGGUUAAGGACUGUAGCUUGAAGACGCAUAUAAUACUACUAAACCGUGCACCAACUAUGAGCAGUCUGACAACACAUGUGUAGAACUGAUCUUACUUGACAAUCUCACUCUGAAUGCUAACAUCACUGUCCCCCAGCCUUUUGUUUUUCCAACGGGUGGUGGCGCUCUGGAGGUAAUAAGAACGGAUUGAUCAUAGCUAGUUUUUGUUUUGAAAAUUUGGCAGGUCACACCAUUCCACGACACAUGUAUUUGGUAUAUCUAUGUUUUGAAGAUAACCGGAAGUAGCUCUGCUCGCUAGUUAGCUUCAAGUUACUCUUUUCGCAUUUGCAGCGAAAUUGAAUGCAUGUAUGUAUAUAGUGUAAUGUUCAGCUUGUUUUUAAUCAUGUUAACAUGUUAUUGCUACUAGUGAUUGUCAUUGAAUCAUGAUGAGACCAAUGCAAUUGCUUUUCUUGA